AUGUCUCUUUUAAGAAAAUCUGUGCCCCUUUUAAGAAACAUCAUUAAAUACUUUCCUGCCAAAUUACAGAACCAGAAUAUUCACCGAUGGGUAGCACCCACAUUAAUGGAAUUUAAAAGAAGAGAAGACAAGUUAGGAGGAAAAAAAUCUAACCCAAGGAAUACAUUUCUAGAAUGGAAUUUAGAAGCUGAAUUAUUUGCUUUUGGCAAAAGAUUAAAUGAAGAAUUCGACUCGGAUAUUUUGUUACAAGCUUUUACUGAUAGAUCUUAUGUAAUAAAAGAGGAAAUGAAACAAAAAGAAAUAAAAUUUGAUAUAAAAAUGAAGGAUAACAAGGAGUUAGCAGAAGAAGGAUCUAAAUUCAUUGACCAUUAUAUUCAAGUAUACCUUGAAACAGUUCUACCAAAAGUCCCAUUGGAAGGUAUUGCAGGAAUUAAAGCAUAUCUUACUAGUGAGCAAACUUUAGCAAAUAUAUCUCUUCAUCUUGGUACUAAGGAUAUUAUAUUGGCCUCUGAAUAUCCUGUGGACAAUUUUAUAUUAGCCAAUACUUUCAAGGCGAUAGUUGGAGCCCUUCUAAGAUCAUCGGGUGAAGAGAGAACAGCACAUUUUGUUAGAGAUUUUGUUAUUACACAAUUGCAAGGAAAAGAUGUGAAUGAUUUCUGGAAUAUUGACGACCCUUGGGCGAUGCUUAACGGAAUAUUAGAAAAGGAUGGAGUAAAGUUAGAACCAAGACUUAUUGGAGAGGUUGGAAAGAAUACUUUGUUGGUGUGCUACAGAGUUGGCCUUUAUAUAGAUAAGAAAAUGCUAUCUUCAGGAUUCGGCGAAACAAUUUCUUGUGCUAAAGAAAUGGCUACUAUAGAAGCCCUCAAAAAAAUGUUUGGAACAGAGGACACUAUGGCACCAAUCAAUUUUAAAUUGGAAGGAAUACCAAAGUCAAUAUCACAACAACAUAAAAUAAUAUCAGCUAGU